AAUUUAAUAUAGAAAAUGUAGUUGAUAUGCUUACCUGUCAUCGUAGAGAUUCCACCGCCAGAAACGGUAAUUCGGAACACUCUUUAAGUCGUUGACGAAUCAAGUGGCAUCAUUCACAUUCAUACUCACUCCUUCAUAACGCAAUCUUUUAAUUAAUUAAUUAAUUAAUUCAUUCUGCUUUGUUUCUCACGGAAUCCUCAUCCUCCUCCUCUUCCGUCAAUCCAAUUUCAAUUAUCAUCCUCUCUCUAAGUGAUCAGUUCUCAUGGCUGCCACCAUCAAACAGAUGGCUCUCCUUGUUUCUCUAUUUGGUUGCAUCUCUUUCAUAUUCGGUGUUAUAGCAGAAAACAAGAAGCCUGCUGCUGGCACACCAGUAACUGUGAAAAAUGGUGUGAGGUGCAAGUUUCCGGCUGAUCCAACGGUUGCACUGGGUUAUCUUUCUCUUGUAUUUCUCCUUGCAUCAACUGUGGUUGGAUAUCUUUCUCUGUUUUACCCUUACAAAGGAAAGUCUGUUCCACAAGGGGUUCUCUUUAAAAACACUAGUUUCACUGUUUUCUUCAAUAUUGCACUGUUUUCAUCUGGACUUGCUGCAACGCUGCUGUUAUGGCCAGUAAUAACGGAACAGAUUCACCUAUCGCGCAAAGUACAUCUUGAUGCCAAUUAUGCUUGCCCUACAGCUAAAACUGGUCUCCUUGGAGGUGGUGCCUUUUUAUCCCUUGAUUCUUGCCUCUUCUGGUUGGUCGCCCUUAUGUUAGCUGACAAUGCUCGAGAGGAUCAUUUUGAUGAAGAUAAGACUGAACGUAUUGCUUUUGAAGAAGCUUAUGAUGCAAGUAUACCCCUAUAGGAACAUAAAUGAAUGGAAGUGCUAAAGCCUGUUGAUAAAGUCAAAGUAGAAUCAUCAAAUAUCAUUGUUAUCUUGUCAUUGUUUUUAUUUUAUGCUGUGGAUUUAAAUACUUUGUGUGGCUGUUCUCUUUUAUGAAUUUUCAUUGUGGUUGAAGCAGCAACAAAUUGCUGCUCAUUAUCAACGACAAGGCAACAUUAUGUCACUGUGGCUGGUCUCUUUUUAAUAUUAAUUAAUCGUCUAUCCUUUUAGUUACACUCAA